AUGACACAACUCAACUUCACUGCGUUUGCCUCUAACAUCUCCUCCUCAUCUUAUCCUUCCUGGGACUCCAGUGGUCUGGUUCCUGCACUGGUCCUGUCCAUCUGCUUCCUGCUGGGAUUCCCAGGAAACAUUGCUGUGAUCAUUCUCAAGCCAAACUGGGAGAACAUGUCCAGUCUGAGCCAGAGUUUGAUGCUGAGUCUGGCUGCGUCAGACCUGCUCUAUAUGCUUACCAUUCCAGUGUGGAUUUACUCUUUCCUCUUCAACUGGACCAUAGGCCUGGUGUCCUGCAAACUCCUUACAUACUUUACAUACUGCAGUGUUUAUGGCAGUGUGCUGACUGUGACUUCAAUGAGCAUCCAGCGUUACCUUCAGAUGGUGCACCUUGAGAGGAGAUUCCAUCAGGAAGUUCCAUCAGGUGGUUACAUCAGGAAGCGGAUCGUUCUGCUCUGGCUGGUUGUGAUGAUUCUGUCCAUUCCUGCUGUAGUUUUUCGAAAGGUGAUAAAAAAGCAGGACUGGACAACAUGCAGCUAUGAAUUCAACCCCGAGACCCAGAGGUUGGGUGUGCUGUUGCCGGAGACUAUUGCAGGAUUUGUGUCAGUUUCUGUCAUUGUUUUUGUAUAUAUCAGUCUCUACAGAAAGGUGAAUCAAGCAGCCUUUUUCAACAAUCCACAGACCACCAGACUGAUUUCCACCAUCAGUGUAAUCUUUUUUGUCCUGUGGGUGCCAUAUUUUAUCAUAAAUGUGCUGGGUGUAGCAGGUAUUUCCCUCAAAAAUGAAGGCCUGCUUAACUUUUAUAAGGACAAAUGGUACAUUUUUACCUCUCUAACAUUUGUAAAUAGUGCCCUGAAUCCACUCCUGUACGCCUUUAUGUCAAAUCGAUUGUUCACUAUGUGCCAAAAAAUUGCUGAACAUUUAGUACAGAAGCUCAGAAUUUCCCGACCUCAGCACAUCUUCAGUGGAAGAAAUGUUUCAUUGCUCAUCCAAGUGAUGUCUUCAGUCCCAGCUGACUACAGGCUUCCCCAACUAUCUAAACUAGGGAUCCUCAAAUCUAGGCCUCGAGGCAUUGUCCAGCUGGUGCCACUUGGAGUCUCCAAGUGGCACUAA